AUGCCUGACCUCAAGGCCGCUCCCCCAGUCAGACACAGCUUGUUCCACCGUCUUGGACUUCGUAACUGGCUGGGGAGGGACGGCGAAGGCAUUGAAUCUCACUCGCAGUUCAUUGCACGGGAACUGAGUCGCCAGCGUCUAGCGGGCCUUCCUCGUCCAAGCAAAAAGGGUGUGCACGAUGAUGACGAUGAUAUCGACGGUGACGUAUCUGUUACGGAUGGUGAGCAGUUGGCGCCCUCGCUCCCUCAGCCCAGCCCGUCGAACGUCACCGUUGGCUUACCCCGAGCUCCAACCUUCAAACGGCAGAAUUCAGAGCGACGAGACCAUCUCACUCCCUCAGAGACUGGCUCAAGCCAUAGACGUGCCUACUCCGCCGACCGCCAGGGCGACAUCGGCCCAUGUAGACCAAUUUCCCCACUCCAACCUUACUCUCCCCGAAUUUCUGCUCCAGCUUUGUCUACGGAAGACUAUGAUAUAUCGGCCCAGGCAUCGCCUACGUUAAUAAAUGAUGAACCCUCACCGGUUCAACUGGACCCUGAACAACAACCAAAAACCGAUAUGGCUUCGGAAUAUGGCCCUCCCUCUGAGGGUACUAUCGAUAACGAACUAGAGGCCGAACUAGACAAGAAAUGGAUACUAAAUCUUAGCAUGCGGUUCCGAGACAAAUCUGAUCGUGAAAAAUUCUUCAUCACGUAUGCGGAGACUCCAAACCGAUGGCGAAAGGUAACAGUAUCCUGUGAUUACCGUAAUGCUGAGCCUGAAUCCCUCGAGUCAGACCUGAAAAAGCUCCAAUACCAUCGUGAAAAAAAUGCACAUAUAUACGAAUCGAUCCGUGAGUCAAUUGAUGAGAUUCAGUUCUACGACACCGUCACCAACCUUAAACUGGAAACUCGCGAUGGCCGCCUGCACGUACACGUUACCGAAGAUGUGAAUGAGGUCAUUAUUUUCCCACCAAUUUCCAGCGUCGAGUAUCUCAAACCCUUGUUUAUUCCAGAAAGUGAGCUAGACUUUGACUCACAUUUAUCUGGGUUUGUCUACCGAGUAAAAUACCACGGAAAGGAUUACGUGAAGAAGGAAAUUACAGGCCCGGACACUGUCGAGGAGUUUUUAUACGAAAUUAACGCCCUUCAUGCUCUUCUUGACUCUACCAACGUUAUAAAUUUCAGAGCAAUCGUUGUCGAUGACACAGGAACAUUGGUUAAAGGUCUUUUGAUAGACUAUGCGGAACAGGGCGCCUUGGCUGAUUUGUUUUAUGACUUCAAGGGUGAACUUUCUUGGAAACGUAGAGAGCGUUGGGCUAAACAGAUUAUAAAAGGUCUCGGGGAUAUCCACGAAGCUGGCUUCGUCCAAGGUGACUUUACCGUGUCUAAUGUCGUUGUGGAUGAACAUGAUGACGCAAAGAUAAUUGACAUCAACCGCCGAGGCUGCCCGAUUGGAUGGGAACCUCCAGAGUUUGCCAAAAAAUUGGAAAGUAAGCAGAGGAUAUCAAUGUAUAUUGGUGUGAAAUCUGACUUAUAUCAACUCGGAAUGACUCUUUGGGCUCUCGCUAUGGAGGAAGAUGAACCAGGGAGGCAACCUCGCCCCCUUUUUAUUCCGGAUGACAUGGCAAUUCCAGCCUAUUUCAGGAGAAUAGUCGAUAUUUGCUUGAACGAACGACCACAAGGCCGCUUAUCUGCGAAGGACCUCCUCGCCUUGUUCGACGAUCAGGGAGAGGAAGAUCUCCCCAUGCUUGGUGCCGAGGUUCCCCGAUACGCUCCAAUGCAAAGUCUCAACGGAUUAUAUCAGGGGCACGCCCAAGCUAACUACAAUUAUCAACUGAAUUCUAUGUACAUGGACCAGCAUGCUAAGGGAAUGCAUUUUGCCAGUGUACCCAUGGAAGAACGCCUUCGCUACCAACAUAUGGGAGUAGAACCUGUGAUAAUACCUCCGUCAAGGAAUAGCCCUGAUUUUCAUUGUGUGAAUAGUAACCUACAGGCUGCUCACCAUCACGGCGAGCAUGGGAUUCAUGAAUCUCAAAAUGGGCUUGAUCAGAACGGACAAUUUCUACCUAGGAAUCACUGGGGAAAUGGGCAUCAUCCAGUCCCUUAUUUUAAUCCUGGCUAUGUUAGACCUGCCCUAACUUCACACCAUGCCACUAUGGGUUUAUCCGAAAUGGAAUUCUUGGACCGCCAGGACAGAGAGACGGAAUUGGAUCCUCGAUUCGAUGAUUUUGGGUCUACAGGCCUCCAGGAACAUCCUAGGAGCGGCUAUCCCGUUGGUGAAAAUUACAUUCCCCAAACGCAUGAUCAUAUUGAACCCGAUUCGCCAUACCCGGUGCAUGAUGAUUACCCAGUGCCUGGCCAGAGUCAUCUUUCACUUGACUCCCUUCCUGUUUCUGAAGAAUUUGGCCAACCCUACCUAGAGUGUUAUGAUGAAAAGGGUACCGAUAGAACCGAGGAAACCAGCCAGCAACGUCAACCUCGUGAAAAAGGGAGGGAUGAAGACCCUGCGCCCGUAGUUGGCUCCGCGAACCUUUCAAAUUCUCGACUACCAAUUAAUCCAGAUUUCAUGAACACAGCUGACCCCGACUUGCCUACAUUUGUGGAACAUGAUUAUCAUCUUGCGUUGCCGUCUGAAACGUCCGCUAAGUCACCAGCCCCCCACGACACUCUCCUCACAUCCGACUUACCGAUUAAUCCUCGAUAUGACAAGCCUGGGUUCGAAACUCCCCUCUUGAAUAAGUAUGCCGAUGACGAUUUCUUAUCUUCAAAUUUGCCAAUUAAUCCGGCUUAUAUCGAUCCUCUAGAUCGUGACUUUCCUCCACGCGAACAAACCAAAUCGGCUUUGGUUACCGGUAUUGCCCCUAUAUCCCCCAGAUCCUCAGCCCCGAUUCACGAGGACCUCCUCAACUCCGUGCUCCCGAUCAACCCGUGUCACGGUGAACAAAAGGCUGGAAGUUGUCAGGCACUGAAUACGCAACCUCGCACUAAUCCAGUCCUACAAAAGCUGCCAAGCAGUCAAAAGGUCACGGAGGCCGUUGCUCCCAGCUCAGAAUCUACUUCUAAACAAACAAGUUCUAGAAACGCGGCAGUUAACAGCCCUGUGUCUUCUAGCUAUUCGAGCUUUGGUCCCAAUGAUCUACUCACAUCUGCAUUACCGAUUAACCCACGAUACUGCUACCAGGAGCCCAGCGGGUGUCAGGCCGGUUACUCACAAUCAUCUCAUAGUGACCUCCUAACAUCCACUCUGCCAAUUAAUCCACGUUGCGAAGGACAGAACGUCAUUCAAACCAGGAACUUAAACACGCGGAUUCAUCAUAACCUACACCUCACGAGGUCACCGCCUAUUGCAAUGGCACCUCUCAAAACACCCACGAUGUAUUCCACCUCUCCUCAUCCGCGUCCCGACGACCUUUUCUUGUCGCUACUCCCAAUCAACCCCGGAUACAGAGGCCAGCAAUCUGAUUGCGUAACCAAGUCGCAUUUCGACACAGUUGGUUGUAAUCUCCUGUCGUCCAAAUUGCCAAUUAAUCCAGCCUUUUCUCACGAGAAGAUAUCUGAUUCCCCGAAACCGAAGGAAGCCCAUACAAAUACCCCCUGUGCCGAAUUAUUUUCGUCGGUGCUACCUAUAAACCCUUCUCACAAUUGA